AGUCAUGUACCACGCUUUAUCUCUCUAAUACACUCAUAGUUUCAUUUUUUUCUCUCUCUAAAAAAUUUCCAUGGACACUAAUUAUAAAUUCUGAUAUCAUUCUCUUCUUUGAUCUCUCCCCACUCCCCCAAUCUUCUCUUCUUCAACAAAUCUCUCUUUGCACCUCACAUUUUCCAUUCCUUAAAAAGGAAUAGGAUUUUUUUGGUUUGGUUUCUCUCUCACUUUCACAAAACAGAACCCAAACGUAAGACAAUAAUAAAAAAAAACACUAUACAUUUAGCUUCUCAGGAUUGUGUAGUUAUGCGUGAUUGGUGGAUUUAGAGAAGGGUUGUUGUUGUGAAGGGGGGGUGUGAAUUUUGAUAGUGGAGGUUGUGAGGUGCAGGGGGUAGGAGGGGUUGUGUGAGGAUGACGGAUUUUCAACCAUUGCAACAAAAGCCUGAAUCAACGGAUGAUGCCCGGAUGGAAUUUGAGAGGGGGUUGGAGGAAUUGAUGCGUGGGCAUUUGGAUGAUUGUAUGCCAUUUGCUUCGUGUAGUUCUAAUAGGAACGUGGAUGAGGAGGAUGAUGAAGGGGAUCAGCUUGUGCGAAGGAGACGUAGGUCUGAACUUGAGGGUGAUGAUUUGGCUGAGUCAUCAGCUGUGAGGCGGCGCCACUCUCGUAUUUUGAGUAGGUGGGCUGCUCGCCAGGCGCAGGAGAUGAUGACGCCUAUGGAGAGGAGGAGUCGUGAGUCAGAGUUGAUGGCACUUGCAGGUUUGCACACGGUUUCCAUGCUUGAUUCCUCAUUUUUGAGGGAGUCACAGUCGCCUACUGCAAGAAGGCAGGGGGCAGUGGAAAGGCCGAGUACUCAGGCGUCUGCAAUUUUGCAAAUGUGGCGGGAGUUGGAGGAUGAGCAUUUGUUGAAUAGAAGGGAGAGAUUGAGGCAGCGAAGGAAUGCCGAGUCUAAUACAAACAUGUCGGUUUCAAAUGCAUCAGAGAGUCGGGGGAGUGAGAAUCAGGGAAGUUUGGAGGAUGCAAGUGAGAGUGAAAAUGACUUUGGACCUUGGUCACAUGACCAUAUGGUGUCACAGAAUGAGCGUGGGGAUAAUGAGUCUAGCAGGGAGCAAUCUCCGGAUAUUGGAGAAGUUGAGAGGAGCGUGAGGCAGAUUGCUCGGGGAUGGAUGGAGAGUGGCAUUAGUGACCGUGCUUCUAAUGUAUCCCAAAGGAAUGGUAGUCCCAGAGCAGAAUGGCUUGGUGAAACAGAGAGGGAAAGAGUUAGAAUUGUCAGGGAGUGGGUGCAGAUGGCAAGUCAGCAGCGAGGAGCUCGUGCUAGCCGGAGGGAAGAUCAAGCUGCUGGACACAAUGCACAAGUUGACCAAGCUCGUGAUGGGUCAGUUGCUGACCAUGAUGAAGGGCAACCGGAACAUAUUCAUAGGGACAUGCUGAGGUUGCGUGGAAGACAAGCGAUUCUUGACUUGCUUGUCAGGAUUGAGAGAGAAAGACAGAGAGAACUUGAGGGACUAUUGGAGCAUCGGGCUGUCUCGGAUUUCGCUCACCGCAAUCGCAUUCAGUCAUUACUAAGAGGUAGAUUCUUGCGAAAUGAAAGACCGGUUGAGGAGGAGAGACCGCCUUCUAUGGCUGCUAGUGAACUAGUCCAAUUAAGGCAGCGGCACACUGUUUCUGGCUUAAGGGAAGGGUUUAGGUCCAGGUUGGAAAAUAUUGUUCGUGGUCAAGUAAGCAGCCAUUCUGAUACCACACCUAAUACUAACAUCAAUGAUUCUGGAAAUGAUCGGACUCAAACAAACACUCAUCAGGACAUCCAACAUGAGGAGAAUGAUCAACCACAGCCUAGGAGUCAAGAAAGUGACGUGCGUCGUUUGCCUGAUCAAACAAACAGCUCGGGGGGCAACAAUGCUACUGAUAACAUGAACCGGCAAGAAACUGCUAAUCAAGGAGAAGGUUGGCAGGAGCAAGUAACCAAUGACGAGAGAGGAAACUGGCAACAGUCUGGCUACAGUCAGUUGGAUGAAUGGAGAGGUAGUAAUGCGGAACCUAUGGAUGGAAAUUGGCAAGAGAACUCAGUGAAUGAAUGGUCACGGGAAACACCUGGAAAUGUGCCUGGUGAACAAGGUCGACCACAAGGAGCCCAGGAACUUUGGCGUGAGGAUGGCUCUAGUGAAACUGUUGAAAAUUGGACAGUGGGGUCUUCUGAUCCUCCAAGAACUCGCCGUGCUGUUCCAAUGAGAAGAUUCAAUAGAUUUCACCCUCCUGAUGAUGAGAAUGUGUAUAGUAUGGAGCUUAGGGAACUAUUGAGCAGGAGAAGUGUUUCUAAUCUUCUUCGUAGCGGUUUCCGUGAAAGCCUCGACCAAUUAAUACAGUCAUACGUGGAGAGGCAAGGUCGCUCUCCCAUUGACUGGGAUUUGCACAGAAACUUGCCAACACCAACUCCCACAUCACCAGAACGGGAUGAGGAGCAGCAAAGAGAUGAACAAAAUGAGGGUCAACGCGAUGCUGUAAACAGACCUUCACUCGUCUUGCCAUCUCCACCUGUGCCUCCACCUCAGCCACUGUGGCACCAGGAUUUGCAUCACACUAGCUGGUCUCGUCAUAGCAUGCAUCGAUCAGAACUAGAGUGGGAGACAAUUAAUGAUUUAAGAGCAGACAUGGGAAGACUUCAGCAAGGAAUGAGCCACAUGCAGAGGAUGUUGGAAGCCUGCAUGGACAUGCAGCUUGAGUUGCAACGCUCGGUCAGACAGGAAGUCUCUGCUGCUCUGAAUAGAUCAGCUGGUGAAAAAGGGUUGGGUGCAGAGACAUCUGAGGAUGGGUCUAAAUGGGGUCAUGUAAGGAAAGGGACAUGUUGUGUUUGCUGUGACAGCCAUAUUGAUUCUCUAUUGUACAGAUGCGGGCACAUGUGCACUUGUUCAAAAUGUGCAAAUGAGUUGGUCCGUGGCGGAGGAAAGUGCCCAUUGUGCAGAGCACCAAUUGUCGAAGUGAUCCGAGCAUACUCGAUACUGUAAAGAUGUGGAUAGGAAAAGUAAUAAAAAAAAAUGAAUUGAAUUGAGUGGUAAGGCUGGAGGGAACCAAUGGUAGUUCCUUCUAAGUGAAUUAGAAGCUGCUGCUUAUCAGUCUCUCGUGCCUGUAGAGUGUCCAGUCAUUGCCUCUGUUUCUCUGAUUAUAUGUGGGAAUGUUUUGAAAAAUGUAUAAUUGGAAUAACAAAUGGCACCUCCAUUCUUUCAUCCGUAAAUAAAUUGUUCGGCUAAAAAAAUUCUUUCCUUUCUUA